CUGCCGCCAUUUCUGGAGCCGCCGCCUUAGCGUGAAGGGAGAGUUCGGAGACGCUGUUGCUCGGUGGCUUGUUCGCGCCUGACUGGAUCUCUCCGCGCCCGGGGAGCCCCACAGCUUCAGCCCGAGGCUCGCCCGCCCGCCCGCUGCCCCGGCGUCUCUCCUGAUGGCGACCUCUGUGGGGAACGUGGCUGACAGCACAGAACCAACGAAACGUAUGCUUUCCUUCCAAGGGUUAGCGGAGUUGGCUCAUCGUGAAUAUCAGGCAGGAGACUUUGAAGCAGCAGAGAGACAUUGCAUGCAGCUUUGGAGACAAGAGCCUGAUAACACUGGCGUUCUUUUAUUACUAUCAUCCAUUCACUUCCAGUGUCGCAGACUGGACAGGUCUGCUCACUUCAGCACUUUGGCUAUUAAACAGAAUCCAUUGUUGGCCGAAGCCUACUCGAAUCUAGGGAAUGUGUACAAGGAACGUGGGCAGCUGCAAGAAGCUAUUGAGCAUUAUAGGCAUGCACUACGCCUCAAACCAGAUUUCAUUGAUGGAUAUAUUAAUCUGGCUGCUGCACUGGUAGCUGCAGGUGAUAUGGAAGGGGCAGUACAAGCCUAUGUUUCUGCCCUUCAGUACAAUCCUGACUUGUACUGUGUUCGUAGUGACCUGGGGAACCUGCUCAAAGCCCUGGGUCGCUUGGAAGAAGCCAAGGCCUGUUACUUGAAAGCAAUUGAGACUCAACCAAACUUUGCAGUAGCAUGGAGUAAUCUUGGCUGUGUUUUCAAUGCUCAAGGAGAAAUUUGGCUUGCUAUUCAUCAUUUUGAAAAGGCUGUGACACUUGACCCAAACUUCUUGGAUGCUUACAUCAAUCUGGGGAAUGUUCUGAAGGAGGCAAGGAUAUUUGACAGAGCUGUAGCAGCCUACUUACGAGCCUUGAGUCUGAGUCCUAAUCAUGCAGUUGUGCAUGGCAACCUGGCCUGUGUGUAUUAUGAGCAAGGACUGAUAGAUCUGGCAAUAGACACCUACAGACGUGCUAUUGAGCUACAGCCACACUUCCCUGAUGCCUAUUGUAAUCUGGCCAAUGCUCUAAAGGAGAAAGGCAGUGUUGCUGAAGCAGAAGAAUGUUACAAUACAGCUCUUCGUCUGUGUCCCACACAUGCAGACUCACUUAAUAACCUGGCAAACAUCAAGCGAGAACAGGGAAACAUUGAGGAGGCAGUUCGCCUAUACAGGAAAGCUCUUGAGGUGUUCCCAGAGUUUGCUGCUGCCCAUUCAAAUUUAGCAAGUGUUCUGCAGCAGCAAGGAAAGCUGCAGGAAGCUCUGAUGCAUUACAAAGAGGCUAUUAGAAUCAGCCCCACGUUUGCAGAUGCUUAUUCAAAUAUGGGGAAUACUUUAAAGGAGAUGCAGGAUGUUCAGGGAGCUUUACAAUGUUACACCCGUGCCAUCCAGAUAAAUCCUGCUUUUGCUGAUGCCCACAGUAACUUGGCCUCUAUUCACAAGGAUUCAGGGAACAUACCAGAAGCCAUUGCUUCUUAUCGCACUGCUCUGAAACUGAAACCUGAUUUCCCAGAUGCUUAUUGCAACUUAGCCCACUGCUUGCAGAUUGUCUGUGACUGGACAGAUUAUGAUGAAAGAAUGAAAAAGCUGGUCAGCAUUGUAGCUGAUCAACUGGAGAAGAAUAGACUGCCAUCUGUCCACCCUCAUCACAGCAUGCUGUACCCCCUUUCUCACAGCUUUAGGAAGGCUAUUGCUGAGAGACAUGGAAAUCUCUGUUUGGAUAAGAUCAACGUCCUUCACAAGCCACCAUAUGAGCAUCCAAAGGACUUGAAGGCUAGUGAAGGCCGGCUUCGUGUUGGCUAUGUGAGCUCUGAUUUUGGAAAUCAUCCAACCUCCCACCUAAUGCAGUCAAUCCCAGGAAUGCAUAACCCUGACAAAUUUGAGGUGUUCUGUUAUGCCCUCAGCCCUGAUGAUGGGACAAACUUCCGUGUAAAGGUGAUGGCGGAAGCAAAUCAUUUCAUUGACCUCUCUCAGAUACCAUGUAAUGGAAAGGCAGCAGAUCGUAUUCACCAGGAUGGGAUACACAUCCUCAUUAACAUGAAUGGCUACACUAAGGGAGCCCGUAACGAGCUGUUUGCUCUCAGACCAGCACCUAUCCAGGCUAUGUGGCUGGGAUACCCUGGAACCAGUGGGGCACUGUUCAUGGAUUAUAUCAUCACAGAUCAAGAAACUUCCCCAGUUGAUGUGGCAGAGCAAUAUUCUGAGAAAUUGGCUUACAUGCCAAACACUUUCUUUAUUGGAGACCAUGCUAAUAUGUUUCCCCACCUGAAGAAAAAAGCAGUCAUUGAUUUCAAGUCCAAUGGCCAUAUUUAUGAUAACAGGAUUGUUUUGAAUGGCAUUGAUUUGAAGGCAUUCCUUGACAGCCUCCCUGAUGUCAAAAUUGUUAAGAUGAAGUGCCCUGAUAGUGGAGACAAUGCAGACAGCAAUGCUGCCCUCAGUAUGCCAGUCAUUCCUAUGAAUACAAUUGCAGAAGCCGUGAUUGAGAUGAUUAAUCGUGGACAAAUUCAGAUAACAAUCAAUGGAUUCAACAUUAGCAAUGGACUAGCAACUACACAGAUUAACAACAAGGCAGCAACUGGAGAAGAGGUUCCACGUACCAUCAUUGUUACCACCCGCUCUCAGUAUGGGUUACCAGAGGAUGCUGUUGUGUACUGUAACUUUAACCAGCUAUAUAAGAUUGACCCUUCCACUUUACAAAUGUGGGCUAACAUUCUGAAGCGAGUUCCAAAUAGCGUAUUGUGGCUGUUGCGUUUCCCAGCUGUAGGAGAACCCAAUAUUCAACAAUAUGCACAGAACAUGGGCCUUCCCCAGAACCGAAUCAUCUUCUCUCCUGUUGCCCCCAAAGAGGAACAUGUGCGGAGGGGCCAGUUGGCUGAUGUUUGUCUAGAUACUCCACUUUGUAAUGGGCACACUACUGGGAUGGAUGUACUCUGGGCUGGAACUCCCAUGGUUACUAUGCCAGGGGAAACUCUUGCAUCACGGGUUGCUGCCUCCCAGCUUACUUGCCUUGGUUGUCUUGAACUUAUUGCUAAGAGUAGACAAGAAUAUGAAGAUAUUGCUGUUAAACUGGGAACUGAUCUAGAAUACCUGAAGAAAAUUCGUAGUAAAGUCUGGAAGCAGAGAAUAUCAAGUCCUUUGUUCAACACCAAACAGUACACAAUGGAACUGGAGCGGCUUUACCUUCAGAUGUGGGAUCACUACGCUGCUGGCAACAAACCAGACCAUAUGGUUAAGCCAAUAGAGACCAGUGAAUCUGCAUGAAGGACUCUGCUGACACAACUCUCCCAGAAUUGAGCCUCUCAAACUCCUCUGCAAAGGAGAUGGGAGCUAAAGACAGUGCAUUUCUACUUAAUCUGCCUGGUACUCUGUGACUGAAGUGAUACAUGAUGGUGAUUUAAGAGCACAGACCGACAUACUUUGUGCAUAAUAGGGAGAGGCUGUAGAGAUUGGGAACUUUCUAUUCCAUAAGGAGUUUGAAAAAGAUUGGGUUGUGCACAUGUACUGUAUGUUUGCAAGGCCUGGUGCUUGAUGGGGAAAGUGUGAACUGUCCAUCCAAUUGUGAUUUCAUGGAUUGAUUCAAUCUUCCUAUGAAUUUCUCUCCUCUUAUGUGGAUUGGGAAUUGGAGCUUUUUAAUGUUUGAUUUCAGGUGUUCCUGUUGGUAUAUGUGCGAUUCUUCCAUGACAUGAUUUCCAACUAGUGAGUGUUGCUCCCUGCAUUAACUUCUUAACUGUGCAGAUUGAAAGGGCAUAUUUGCUGGUGUAGUCUUUUUACAGGUUUUAUAAACCACUUGAGCCUAUAUCAGCCUUUUAAUGUUUGACCUCUGUUUUGGAACUUUCUGUACUGUGUUGAUUUAGAUGAGAACUCAGUGCUUGGUUUAAAAAAAAAAAUAUAUAUAUAUAUUCUCCUGUAUCUCAGCUAAUUGGCUUCAUGAUGACAGCUCCUAUUCUGUUGAAAAACAAAAUUGGUUUAAAAUUAAUGCCCCUGAACUGUUUUGAAAUAAACAAACUGGUGCCAAAUACAAAUCCUUCAGGAAUGAUUGUUAAUUAUGUACAGAGGCACAGUCCUAUGUACUGUAGCAAGGACUUUUUUUAAAAUAAAGAUCUGGUUUGCCCAGUUUGACCCAUUUGA